GUCGGCAAUGAAAAAUGGCGGCUUACGGGAGCCGGGGUGUUGUACUGAUGCAGUUGAAAUAAAAGUCCUCUAGUAAACACCGCUGUAGGAAGUAAAAACAUCCAGCCAACGUGGCACACUACAAACGCAUUUUUUUCAGGUCAGGAUGGCCUCCUCUCACACCCUGCUCGUGCUGUAUGGGAGCCAGACGGGAACGGCCCAAGACACAGCCGAGCGCAUCGGUCGCCAGGCCCAGAGGAGGCACGUCAGGGUCCGCGUGGUGGCACUGGACAGCUAUACUGUGGCGAACCUGAUCUCAGAAGCCCUGGUGGUGUUUGUCUGUGCAACAACUGGCCAGGGUGACCCUCCGGACAACAUGAAGAAUUUCUGGAGGUUUCUCUUCCGGAAGUCCCUGCCUGUGGGUUCCUUGUGUCGUUUGGACUUUGCUGUGCUUGGCUUGGGUGACUCCUCCUACCCCAAGUUUAACUUUGUUGCCAAAAAGCUCCAUAAGCGCCUGUUGCAGCUGGGUGCCACUGCCCUCCUGCCCGUGGGACUUGCCGAUGACCAGCAUGACUUUGGCCCAGAUGGGGUGAUUGACCCUUGGCUCACUGCAUUCUGGGAAAAAGCACUGGCCUUGUUUCCACCACCAGCAGGACUCCAACCGCUCAGUGACACAGAGCUACUUCCCCCUAGAUAUGUUUUCCAUUUCAUGGAUGAUGUCACAGAGAAGCCAGCUGAUUGGUCCCAGGAUAAUGAGCAUGAGAGAGAAUCUCGGCUGGAGCACUCCUUUGUGGCACACAUGGUUUCCAAUCAAAGAGUGACCCACCCGGAUCACUUUCAGGAUGUGCGACUUAUUGAGUUUGACAUCACAGGAUCAAACAUUGACUUCAGUGCAGGUGAUGUGGUGAUGAUACGACCCAAGAAUGCCCCAGAUGAUGUGGAGCAACUGUGUAACCUUCUGAGGCUGGACCCUGAACGCCAGUUCAACCUGAGGCCCACAGAUGGCGCUGCAGCACCUGUGCCUGCUCGCCUCCCCCGGCCCUGCACCAUCCGGCAGCUGGUGGAGAGCUUCCUGGAUAUUGCUAGCGUGCCACGGCGCUCCUUCUUCGAACUGCUGAUGAGCUUUGCCACCAACGAGCUGGAAGCCGAGAAGCUAGCUGAGUUCAGCUCUGCACAGGGCCAGGAGGAGCUCUACAGCUACUGCAACAGGCCCCGCCGCACAGCUCUGGAGGUUCUCGCUGACUUCCCCCACACCACAGCAGCCAUCAGCGUGGACUACCUGCUGGACCUCUUCCCGGAGAUCCAACCUCGUUCCUUCUCCAUCGCCUCCUCUUUGCUGGCACACCCCAACCGGAUCCAGAUUCUGCUGGCCGUAGUGCGGUACAAAACCCGCCUGCAGAAGCCACGUAAAGGCCUGUGCUCCACAUGGCUUGCUUCACUGGACCCCACACAGGGACAGGUGUCGGUCCCCCUGUGGGUGAAGAAAGGUGGGCUGCGAUUUCCAAGUGGCACAGACACCCCUGUGAUCAUGGUGGGACCAGGGACUGGAGUGGCUCCAUUCCGCGCUGCCAUCCAGGAGAGGACAGCACAGCACAGGAAUGGAAAUGUUCUCUUCUUUGGCUGCCGCUCCGAGUCAGGUGAUUUCUACUUCUGCUCUGAGUGGGAGGAGCGUCAGCGUGCCGGCCAGCUAACACUGUUCACCGCUUUUUCCCGGGAUCAGGAAGAAAAGGUCUAUGUGCAGCAUCGUGUUUCAGAGCAGGCUGGGCUGCUCUGGGAGCUCAUCUCCAAGAGGAAUGCCCAUUUCUAUAUUGCUGGAAAUGCCAAGCAGAUGCCCACAGCUGUUUGUGAUGCCCUGAAGAGGGCCUUCCAAAGUGAGGGGGGCAUUUCUGAGGACCAGGCUGCAGAGAUGCUCAUGACCAUGGAGAAGGCUGGUCGUUUCCAGAGUGAGACCUGGUGCUGAUCGGGUUAAUGCCGUCUGCUUCCAGAACAGAGCAGGGAUCAAGUCAAAGAUAUGUGGAUGUGGGUCACAAUACCACCUUUUGAAAGCUUAACAACACCAGGCUGGAAAUGCUAAUGACAGUGUAAUCAAAAUUCACAUGUGAAUACCUCCCAAAUGAGCACUUUACAGUCUUUUGCGUAUGUGUCUCACAUAACAGCAAGGAAGGUCAAGCUCUGUGUUGAACAGGAGCCUUAUUCUAUGGUUAUCAAAUUUAUGUAAUGAAUUUAUGCUGAUGUUCAGACAUCGCUAUGGUUACUACUAACAAAUCAGUCACUAAGCCUUAGCAACCUUGGCAGACUGGUUUGUAGAAAAGAAUGCCCCCUGUGGACUGUUUAAAGGGACCAAGUGGAAAAAAACCUUGCCAAUAAACUCAUAUCUGACAGAGACGUGUCUUCACACAAUGUGUUUGUGACAACUGUAACACCUUUCCAGAAAUGACAUGCUAUGGCAUCCUGAAGAAACUGAUUGGGAUCUAUACAUGUGUAACUUGACUGAAUGGUUGUCAUUUAACUGCCCCAGGUACAACCUUUCUAUCCGUGUCAGCGCUGUUCUGUGCCCUUGGCAACAGGCACACGUUCCCCAAGGGCCAAGCCUAUUUUCAGCUUCUCGAUUUUUCCGGGAACACGGAGCAUUCAUAGCCAGUCUGUUCAUUCCUGUGAGUAUAAAUACAGUCACAUCUCAUUAUCAGCCACAGUUAAGUCUGGCAGAAAGAAGGAUGCCCUUCUGGUGAAAUUAUGGUAAUGGCUGAAUUAGAUGGGCUUAUAACCAUUCUGUUUACAGGUAAGGGAGGGUGGUGUGGUAUUCAGGGAUGCUUAUGGCAGUCAUUUCUACUUAUCUACAGAACAGUCUGACAGUGAUGUUUCACACAUGCCUGCAGAACAGGGUUCCACACAAAGAAUUUUUUUUACUGUGGUAUAAGAAAACAGGUACUCUUUGGCACACGCAACAGGUUUCAGCUGUUUUUGUCCACUUUAGAGGACAUAUGUUUUCAAGUGCAUCUCCCAAACUAUACAU